AUGAUUAUUUACUCUCUCAAUAUUAGAGGUGGUGGAAAGAGAGUGAAGAGGAGGAGAGUCGGUUUCAACAUUCAAAAGGGAAUGGCGGACAUAGCUUCUAUUCAAGAAACUAAACUGAGUGAUUUUCACCAUAAAUAUGCUGAGGAUUUGUGGGGUAAUGAGUUGGUGGAAUGGUCUCACAUGGAGGCGGUAGGUGCUUCAGGGGGAAUUCUAACUAUGUGGAGGAAAGAUUUUUUUAGCUUGAUUUAUAGUUUCCGGGGUGAAGGUUACUUAGGUGUUUGUGUGGAAAAAGAAAAUAGAAGACUUUAUUUUGUCAAUAUCUACGCCUCUUGUGAUCACAAUGCUAGGUUGAUUUCUUGGAAGAAGUUAGUGGAUUUAAAAAGAAGGAGUGUAGCCGGAUCGUGGUGCUUAGGAGGUGACUUCAAUCUUGUUUCGUCUUUGGAAGAGAGAGUUGGCAUUUCAAAAAAGAAUUACAAAAGGGAGAUUGGAGGCUUUAAUGAGUUCAUUGUUGAUAUGGAUUUGGUGGAUCCUCCUACCAUAGGAGGAAAGUUCACUUGGUCCAAUAAAAGUGGAAGUGCGUUGAGUAGAUUGGAUAGAUUUCUUCUAUCGAAUUCUUUUAUUAAUGAUUGGAAGGUAGAAGGCCAAUCUAUAGGUGAAAGAGAUGUUUCGGAUCAUGCUCCCAUUUGGAUCAAAGAUAAUAAGAGAGAUUGGGGAUCUAAACCUUUUAGAUUCAACAAUAUUUGGUUUACUCAUGAGGAUUUUUUUAGUUUUGUGGAGGAGGAGUGGAAAAAACUUGAGGUGAAAGGUAGAGGGGAUUUUUGCUUUGUGGAGAAGUUAAAAGCUAUCAAAAGAAAAAUCCGUCUUUGGAAUAAGGAGGUCUUCGGAUGGAUUGAUCUUAACAUUGAAGAAGCGGGGAAAGAGAUGCACUUUUUAGAUAACAAGUUUGCUCAUUUUGCCGGUAAUGUUCCGGAGGACAUUGUUCUUCAAAGAUCGAAGGCGGCUAUAGAUUUUUGGAACAAUCUUUAUAAAAAGGAAGGUUUCCUCCGUCUCAAGUCGAGGAAAUUAUGGUUAUCCGAUGGUGAUAGUAACACGCAUUUUUUCCACAAUUCCCUUAAAGAGAGAAGAAGGCGGAAUGCACCGUGUUCUCUUUCUUCUAGUAGCGGUUUGUUGGAGAAUGUGGUUGAGGUAAAAUAUUAUGUUCAUGACUUUUUUAAGUCUCUUUUUGAAGAAGAGGUGGAGAGAAGGCCGAAUAUUGGUGGUUUGGGUAUGAAGAAGCUUCUUGAGAGGGAGGCUUUACGCAUUGAGCGUCCGUUCACGGAGGAGGAAGUUAAGGUAGCUAUUUGGUCGUGUGAUGGUAAUAAAAGUGCGGGUCCGGAUGGUUUCUCUUUAGAGUUUUAUAAAAGUUUUGGAUGGUGA